AUGGCAGAAAUUUUAAUAUCGGCACACAAAGACAAUGAAGAAGGGAAUGAUGGACACCACAUCAAUCAGCAGCUUAGCGUUUCAAACAUGACCACACUAGCCAUUUGGAAGCUGUUCUCUCCUUUACAGCUGUUGUGUUGUUUGUUGCCCGAGAAAGUCUCUUUUGCCAUAUUUUCUCACCAGUGGCUCGGUGAUGACACCCACUAUAAUCGUACUUCCCAAGCAUGGCAGAGAUCAUGGCUCUUUGUCUCUUUAUGUUCUCAGGUUACAAUGACUGAUGAUCAAUGUCUUACAUUAUGUUCGAACAUGAUCAUUUUUGGGCUGGUGACUGAGAACUUGAUCAUCACUCCAAAUCUCGAGGAUCACAGGGUCCUAUGGUGUCCGAGGCUGGCGACUUUAAGCAAUCAUAUUGGCGGCAAAGUUUUGGAGGUUGAUUUAACAAAAAAGUGGCUGUGUACAGUUAUGGACAAUCUGCCAGCUAGGGACGAGGUGAGAGGGUCAGUCAGGCUCACUGGCGGGGCCACCGGAGUAACCUGGCUCAGCGAAAAAGCUUCGUUCUUGCUGGCGACCAUAGACGAAAGGCUGAGUGCACAGCUAGCUCAAGAGUUUAAUUCGAUGGUUGGAUGCUUCUUAGGUAAGAGUUUCAGCUAUGAAGAUUAUCUGGACAGCCAAAUAUCUGCAACCGACCUGUUUUACCUCGAGGACAUAGAUCUAGCAAGAAAGCUAAUCGAGCUUGGCUAUCGAAGCAACGCAGAAAUUAUGACUAGAAAUCAGUUUGUUGCUCAGAAGGAAGCCGCGGAGCAAGCACGGUUACUGGCCUUAAAAAAGGUUCCCAAGAAAAUCUUUUCAUCUGGGAAGGAUCUCUCAGGCUUCCCGGUGCUUCAAGCUUUGGCAGAGAGAGAGAUUCCAAUUAGAAACGGAACAUUAUCGACAAUUGUCUACAUUCGAGACUUCAAUGCGAAGGGCCAUGAAAUUUCAGGAUAUGUUGAUUACGGGGAAAGAAUACGAACUGAAGAUUUGGAGCCAGUGUUCGAACUCAAAAAGCGAUUUCUUCCCGCACUAUUUGACCUGUCAUAUUAUAAUUGGACUACGCUGCAAACAUUUCAAAACUCGUCAUUGAAUUUUCAGGUCGUUGCAGAAGGCGAUGCUGGUGUAAUGUUUAAAAGCAAAAAGGACCGAAAGAUGUUGAAUGUCCAUGCUGCUAUGGAUCCAGGGGAUAACUCUACGAGGACUGAAAUUCCAACACACGAGUAUAAACAAGCUGUGCUUUUUGACCAUGUUACGCGAAAGAAAGGCUUGUAG